CGCAGCACCGCGGCUCGGCGGAACCUACUCGGUUUGAACGGAACAGCGGAAGAUUGAACCAGAAAUAAUUUACACCACACACAUCACAGAUUUACAACCGUAAACCGCGGUGUUUGGCGAGUUAAAGACAAUAAAACCAAUAAUUCAGCAGCUGCAAUGGAAUUAAAGAAGUCCAUCGCGGACAACGAGAGGAGCUACGGCGCCGUGCGCGAGACCAAAUGGAGCAAAGACGAAGGUCAGAUGGACGUGUCCAUGGCUGAGAGCUCCAUGUCUCCGGAUGAGAUAGAGACGGAGAUGGCCAGGAUCCAGAGGCUCAGGGAGGUGCUCGUCAGAAGGGAGUCCGAGCUCCGCUUUAUGAUGGACGAUAUUCAACUGUGCAAAGACAUCAUGGCCCUGAAGCAGGAGCUGCGUAAAAUUGUAGCCGUGCCAGAAAAAGAAAGGAGCAAGAAGCAGCAGCAGAAGGAGGAAGAGCUGAUUCAGAAGAUCCAUAAGCUGGUGGAAAAGAGGGAUUUCCUAGUGGAUGACGCAGAGGUGGAGAGAUUGAGGGAGCAGGAAGAGGACAAAGAGAUGGCAGAGUUCCUCAGACUCAAGCUCAUGCCACUGGACAAACUGGCCAGAGUCACACAGAGUCCUCCAAAAGUGAAAAAGUCGACCCCGGAACCUCCGCCGAACAAACCAUCCAUUACAAAGAGCAGCGUAGCCGUCCUAAAGGACUGCUGUGGAGCCACGCAGUGCGCAGUCAUGUAAAACCUCUCCAUGCUACACUUAGUAUGUUUCAGGAAGAUGUCAUCUUAUUUCGGGUUGAUCAGGUUGCUAUAGAUUUUUUUUUUUGGUCUUUACAUAGCAGACGUGAUGCCAUUGUUCAUUUUAAAAGUGCCAUGAGUCAUCUAAUAAAUUAUUUUCUCUGCAUUAAA